AUGGCCCAAAGAUUGGGCCUAAACCGAUCUGGUGCUAAACUCGAAAGCGCCGAGAAUCGGACCUUCUGGGUGCUACAAGACUGCUUCGUCAGCUGCCCAGUGCCCGUGAUAAAGGAGUCUACCUUCGAAGACUACGAUUGGUUUUUCAGCUUUCUCAAAUUCGCACGUAUCCAGUCCAAGAUACACAGUAGUCUUUUCACAGUCAGCCCCGUGCCGAAACAAUCGGUAGCGCAUAGUGCAGCAAUCCCGAAUCUCCGAAAGGAGCUGGAGGCCUGGAGGAUGUCGAUUCCUCUGCGCUUCCGGCCCGGCGAGCCCCUCAAACCCAGAAUAUUGCCGGAGCCGUUGGCAAUUCAGGUAGCCCUAUUGACGCAUUACUAUUAUCUCAAUGCAGUGCUUACGCUUUCUUGGACACUGUUGCAUGGCGGAAACGAUACGUUGAGCAUAAGGGAACAGCUCGAGUUGAAGAAGGAGCUGAUGCGUACUGCCCGCACAGUUAUUGAGUUAACGGCGUUUAUAGAGGUUUCCCCAUCCACCCCCGUCUGGUAA